AUGGCACUCGUUAUCGUAACUGGUCUACCAGCCAGCGGGAAAUCUACACGCAGCACACAGCUUUAUAAUUAUAUUCAACCGCGAUUGGGCGAGAUAAGCGAGCAAAGCCAGGGAACACUCAAAGGACGGAAUCUCAAUGUUAGAAUCGUUAGCGAGCAUGAUUUUGACUUGGAUAGAGAUAUUUACAGAGAUACACGCCUAGAAAAACCAGCCAGAGGUGCUAUAUUCGCAGCAGUUGAACGCUACCUCGAUAAGAAUACUAUCGUUAUAUGCGAUGCACCGAAUUACAUUAAAGGGUUUCGUUAUCAGCUUUAUUGCACAGCGCGUGAAGUUGGUGCGUUGAAUUUGACACUAUGGACGCUAGCCAGUACAGAUCAGGCGAGGCAGCUCAACAAUCAGAGAGAGGAUGGAUAUUCGAGCGAGGUCUUCGAUCAACUCGCUUUCAGAUAUGAAGAACCAAACGGUGCAACUCGCUGGGAUCAGCCACUCAUCAGUGUUCUUCUCGAGGAUGAAUCAAUCAACUACACUCAACUACUCAACAUUUUAACAACUCAGAAGCAGAAAAAGGUUAACAUUGGCGUCAUGACCAUGCCAGCCACUGCUGCAAACUACUUACAAGUCCUCGAAGCUACAACUACGCAGGUUUCAUCUGCCAUCACAUCCGCCUCAGCUGAUAACGCUGGCGUUGGCGGUAGUGUUACCAUAGCUCUUCCAAAAGACUUACUCCCCUUGCCCCAGAAAGAUUUCUCUGACCCACACCGCCCAGUAAUAGAUCUCCCCCUCAAACAAAUCACUCCGGCGCAGAUGAAUAGAUAUAGGCGUGCUUUUGUUGGCUUGCAUAGAAAUGAUAAGGCGAUUGAUGCAAAGUCUGUAGCUGGUCUCUACAUACUAUUUAUCCAAACGACGUUGAGUGCGUAA